AUGGACCAGGAACCCCCACCGCGUAUCGUCGCGGAGAAACCCGCCCCGGUGCCGGCGUGGCGAGACGGAUUCGCGCUUCUCAUCGACCCGGGAGACCCGGACUUCGCCCCGCCGCCCCCGCCCCCCGAGGACCGCUCCAAGCUCUCCACCGACGAGCUGCGGCGCGCGGGGAUGAGCGAGCUGUCCACGAGCGCGUCGACGGCGAUGAGCGCGCUGGCGCUGGCCGGCGAGAGGGCCACCGCGGCCGCGAAGGGAUUCAGAACCGCGUUCGCCAAUCAGAGACUCGCGGCGGCGAGGGCGAGGUCGACAAACGAGGAUGAGGAUGAGGAUGAGGAUGAGGGAGAUGGGGCGCGCGAGAGACCGAUGGAGGCGAGGAUCGUUCACGCGUGUUUUCGUGAGGCGAUGCGCCCCAAACUCCGCGGUCGCUCGGCCAAGGCUGCGGCCCGCAACGCGAUCUCCCGAGCGCUGGCGCGAUGGCGAAAAGGUCAUCACGCGUGCUUCGACGCCUGGAGGGAGUUUGCGCUCGCGGCGGGGCACAUGAAGCGCCGCGGCGAGGACGCGAAGCGGCACGAACACGCCCUCGACGCCCCCGCCCAUUCGCGCACGGACGAGGAGACGGAGGGUCUGUACGAGCUCGUGAACGGAUCGUGCGACUUGUUCGGCGAGUGCGCCAGAUACGAGGCUGUCGAGCUGUGUCGACGCGCGAGGUUGGAGAGGUUUUCAGCGGGCCAGACGCUUUUGAACCCGGGGGAUCCGGACGAUAAGGUGUUCAUACCGAUCGCCGGGUCCGUGUCCGCGUGGAUCGACGCGGACGUGGAUGGACGCGGCGACGGGGACGACGAGGAGGACGAGGAGGAGGACGAAUUCAAAGGGGAGAGGGGACGUCGACGACGCCGGCGGGUGGCUAAAACGUUCGUUCCCGGUCGGUCGUUCGGCGUCCCCGCGCGCGCCGCCGCGCCGCCGCAUCGCCACGCGUUCGUCGCGGACGUUGACGCGUGGUGCGUCACCAUCUCGCCGGGCGAUUGCGGCGGGACGGAGUGGGAACCUUUCGACGUCACGGUUCGUAAGCGGGUGGACUUUCUGUGCAGAAUACCCGGCCUCUUCGACGCGACGCUCGUCGAGCUCGAAGCCCUGGCGCGGCACGCGGAGGAGCGAAGGUACGAGCCCGGGUUGGCGCUCGUCAACCAAGGACAGGAGUGCCGCGGGGCGUACUUCAUCCUCUCGGGCACCGUGGCGAUCAUCCGCCGGAUACGAAUCGACAACCGGAAGACAACCGGAAGACAACCGGAGGAAGAACGAAUCGACGAGCCGGACGCGCCGGUGCCGGAUCACCUGCGAUCCGCGCUGCCGGACGCGGCGAAGGCGAACGAUCGUCGCCGCGUCGUCCGCGCGCGCGUCGGGGCGGCGAUGUUAACCCGCGACGGCGACCGCGGCGACGGGAGUGGUGACUCACCGGGCGGUGACUCACCGGGCGGUGACUCGGACGUCGUCGACGUUCAGCUCCGCGUCGUGGGUUCCCUCGGCGUGGUCGGCGGGGGCGAUUACUUCGACAGACCCGCGCCGUGCGCGUGCUUCGCGGUGGCCCGCGGCGCCAAGCCGGUCGCCGCGCUGUUCAUCGCGUGCAAGCACCUCGCCAAGAUUUUCUCGCCCAAGGCGAUGGAACGGUUCAGACGCGGGUGCCAUCCCGCGCCCGCCGACGACGCGCUGAGGAAAUCGCUGGCGGCGAAGGAGGCUUCCGAGGCGGCGAACCGCGCGGCGUGGACCGGUCCGGACGGGACGGCGAUCGAGGGCGUGGAGCCCGUGGACCCUCACGAGGAGCUGCGCAGGAACCCGCUCGCGUACUCCGACUCCGACUCGGAUAUAGAGGGCGACGUCGACGAGCGCCGCCCCGAUAGACCCACGCUGGUCCCGAGCUCGAGACGAUCGCUCCGGCCUUUUCUCCGACAAAGGGGCGCGAGGGAUUCCGACGCGAGGGACGAGGCGAAGGAAAACGGCCGUCUCGUCGUCGGAUGGCCGUUUCACCGCGACGUGUACGACCCGCGCUCGGACUCGCACCGGGUCGGGCCCUCGUUCGGCGGGGGUUUCAGCCCGUGCGCCGACAAGGCGAAACGGGGCGUUCAACGUCGAACAACGUCGACCGACCCGGACGCGUCGAAGCUGGCCGAGAUUCGCGACGUGGGCCUCGUCGCCGCCAAGUCGAAGGUCAUCACGUCGCCCAAGAACCCGACGGAGAGGAAAGGGUCGUACUACCGCAAGUUUCUGGACGACGUCGCGUCGUUCGACCCUCGGGUGACGUUCGCCUUUGACCCGUCGACGGCGUCCCCGGAGUGGAAGUCGCACCAAGAGUGGACCGCGUUCGCCACCCGGCCCCGCAUGCUGACGAAGUUGGAGUUUCAGAACCAGAGGGUCGUGCGCGACCGGAGGGCGAGCGACGCCAGGGUGGAGCGCACCAGGGACGACGCGAACAGGCGGGGCGGGGUGAAGAAGACGGCCGCCGUAACGAUCGACGGAGCGAUGAACGACGAUUCAUACGACGACGACGACGCGACGGCGAACGCGGCUAAGAGGUGGCUCGGGUACCGCGACGACGCCAGGCCCGACGGCGUCCGCGUCUUUCGACCGAGCGAUCGAACCGCCGUGCUCGACGCGCGAGACGGCGUCACGGUCCUCGCGUUCCGGUUAGCGUGCCGCUCGACGCUUCGCCGGUUGCAAAAAAGAAUCGACGGACGGGUAAGUUUUGAGUUUGGCGGGUACGACAUCGGGAAGACGCACGACGCGGACGAGGCGUGCUCCACUGCGAGGAGCGCGGCGGGGGUCGGGAGGUGCGUCGACGACUGGCGAGAGGGGAAAGGGGACGCCGGCGGGGACGUCGGGUCCGACGGCGCCGCCGUUCCCAGCCGCUCGACGUCCAGCUGCGUCUGCGUGUGUCGGCUGAGCGAUGCGUCGCGGACGUGCGCGACGACGAGGGACGACCUGUGCGCGCUCGCGUCGAAGCUGUGCGUGGAGAGCGGGGUGUUAUCGUGCGUCAGGUGGUCCGGGGAUUCGCUCCUCCUGUUUGGCGACUGCGACGACCCUUACGUGGAUGACGAGGAGGAAAUCGAGUACGUAUCUCGCCACGCGCUCAACACGGCGCUCGAGCUGAGGGCGUUCCUGGUGAAUUACCACGUCGGUAAGGCGAAGGCACAGGCGAACGGGCCUCCCCCCGGCGGCUGGAACGACGACGACGGCGACGACAUGGAGCGACAGGGGGAUAUAGCGGUUGGGAUCUCGAUCGGCUCCGCCUUUACGGUUCGCCGAGCGAAUUCGCUUCACGCCGUCGACGGCGAGGUCCGUGACGACGCGUGUCGGCUCUGCGACCUUGCCAGCGACGACGGCGGGGGCGUGCGGUGCGACGCGAAGAUGUACCCCGCGUGCAAGGACACCCACACGCUCGUCCAUGCGGGGGCGGGGACUGGUAUCGAAGAGACGGGUCACGAUCGGAGACGCAGUGCCGCCUUCGCCGGAUACCGAGUCGUCGGUGAUCCGUUUCGGGGUUUGGGUCCCAAGUCGGGGGCGGGGGAGACCGCGCCGAGGCGGCACACGGCGCGCGUGCCCGCGUCGGUGCCUUACUUCAAUUGGCGCGAGGGUGCGAGCGAGGCGCGCGCGCCAAAGUCUAGGGGGAAGGUCGGGGGAGCGGCCGGUAGGGUCCUGUCGGAGUAUCUCGGGUGA